CAGGUGCGUGAGGUCCAUACCUGUCCUGUGGGGUACCCAGUGGAUGUCUAUGACAAUGCCUUGGUGCCCCAGAUGUGUGCCACCCUCCCUCUCUCAGCAUACUACAUCAAUGCCAGCGCUUCCAGGGAUGACUUGAGCAUUUCUUCAGGGGAGUCCAGGGAUUAUGUCAAUGUGCCCAGAGCGGAAGAGAUGGUGGAGAACACAGCUUCCAACUCCCCUGGGAACCUCUUUGUCCUUCCAAGUACACAGGAGUUGGACGUGGCUGAAAAAAGAGACGCGCGUUGUGUGGCUGCCAGCGACUGCACCAGAUGUUGGUCUGCAGGAACCAACAAUCGUGAUGAGGAAAGUUCUUCUCAGACGUCAAAUGACUAUGUCAACAUGUCAGAAUUGGAUGUUGGAGUCACCCAAGGGGAGCAGCCCUGGAUGACUUUUCAGAGCUACCGAGAUUAUGAAAAUGUUCCAGCUGCAGAUGCCAAUGGCUCCCAGCUGCAGGUGGAGGAAGAGAUGACGCCUUUCAACACAGACCUUGCAGGCAGCAGCAGAGAUGCUCUGGGAGCCCACCUUCAGCCUGCCCGGCGGUCAGGUGGCUCCCUUGUUUUCUUGGAUCACGGGGCCUUUCAACCAUUGACAGAGUCUGGGACUAGUCAGAUGAAGCAAGAAGAGACGUCAAGUGAGGACGAUAGUGACUAUGAGAACGUGCUUCCUGCCAAUCUAGUGGGCAGGGACUCUGAGUAAGGGCUGGGCACAUGGCUCCUUCCUGAUGAAUCAAGACAUAGCCAGCCAGCUGGAAAGCCGAGCGGAGUGCUUUAUCCUGCGGGAUCCACCGCCACCAGAGUCUAGUGGUGACUUGUGACCACUCUAGUGUCUCAGUGGACUCACUGGGUUGGGCUCAGAAGAGGCUGGGAAGAGGAGGGGACAAAAGACUAAGAGAGAGCAGAGGCUCGGGGAGGCUAGACAGCGAUUCACCCUCGCACCCCCAAACAUAACUCAUCUAUCAUACAAUUCAAUAGUUUGAUAUUAAGAAGAGUUGUACAGUCAUCACAAGCAAUCUUAGAACAUUUUCACAUGUUCUUCAUUCUUGUUCUCACCCUUAUUAGCUCCGCAUUUCCCUGCAACCCCUCUGCCACCUCCAUAGGGACCAGUAAUCCAGUGACUAUCGCUGUAAAGUUACCUCUCCUGGAUUUCACGUGCAGAAAACGUUAAUAAACACACAC